AUGGAUCACUUUGCGGUCAGUUCUCGGUGCGUCCCACAAAAGGAAGCGUUGCACGUUUUGUGGACCCUGUUGACUGCUGCUACGCUCCACCUCGUCUGGGCUCAGCGCAACUUGGUGAAGUAUGAAGCCCCGACCUCCAAUCCCACCCGGCGCGUGGCGGCAGCUCAUGUUCCUCGGGUGGAUGACGUCCGUGCGCCGGUGGCUACGGCUCCAGCCCCCCACUGCGUGACGCGCCUCACAGUGAUCCAGUCCCCGCACAGGUUGCGCCGCCAGUCCGGCUACAGUGCGCUCUGGACACAGUACCCCCACUGCCUCCAACUCCAACCGUCGCCCCUCACCGCCUAA